AUGGAAUUUAAUACAGUUGAUGGCUUUCAAGACCGGGAAGUUGAUAUCCUGCUGCUUUCAACAGUUAGAGCAGCUGGAUCUGAAGCACCCAAAAUUAACUCUAGCAAUCUUGGAUUUGUUGCUGAUGUUAGACGGAUGAAUGUUUCCUUGGCUAGGGCCAAACUUUCUUUAUGGAUUUUGGGGAAUUCAAGAACACUACAGACGAGUCAGACCUGGGCAUCUCUUGUCAAAGAUGCAAAACAGAUAAAUUUGAUUAUAUUAGGAACAAGGCCAUAUAGUUCCAUGUUUAAGUUUGCUUUAGAAAAUAGACCAGCUUCAGGCAAUUCUGCGAACAAAUCAACAACCCAAGGCAAAAACCCAGAGACAGCACUAGAAGUAACGGCAAUAGAGUCACACAAAGACUCGAGUAGACUUCCCUUCCCUGCAGCAGUCCACUUCCCUCAGCACUGUUUGCAGCCCUUCGUCACCUGCAUUCGCCAUUGGAUGUAUUCCACGGGAAGUGCCCUUAACGAUUCUCAUAGAGCUGGCCAUCCCUAG